AUGAUGAGAAACAGCAGCGAAGGCGGUCUUCCGAGACUGUUUCAGAUAUUUCACGGAGAGGUUGCAAGUCUGCAGUCUUAUGGGGCAUUUAUCAGGAUCCCUGGAUGCAGAAAGCAGGGACUCCUGCACAAAAGUCAGAUGUCCAACGCGAGAGUGGAAGAUCCAUCUGAGAUGCUGGCUAAAGGAGAGAGGGUCUUCUGUAAGGUCAUUGCCAUGGAGGCGGAUGGAGAAAAGAUAGCUCUCUCAAUGAAAGUUGUCAGUCAAACAUCAGGAAAAGACUUGGAUCCAGAGAAUAUUCAGUCAAACCAGGAUGAAAAACGACGGAGACAGUGGAACACUCAGGAUAGAAGGAAAAUUGAUCUGGGUGCUGAACUGAACACUACUUGUCGCAGAUGUGGAGGACACGGUCACUUCGCUAUGGACUGUUAUGUUUCAAAGGGAGACAAUCGGUAUGCGUUAAUUCCUGAUCUGCGCUAUUCUGCCGGCGAGGAGAGGUCCUACAGAACGCAAGAAAGGAAGGAAGACAAGAAGAAGAAGCAGAAAAGCAAAAGGAGGACAUCAUCCCCUGAAGAUAGUGAUUCUGGUGUUGAUCAAAGAAAGAAGCCCACAAGGGUUACCGGCGGCGACCGUUCAAAUAAGAGAGACAAGUACAGACAGAGCAGUGAUAGUGGGAGCAGUCCCGAGGUUAAUGAACGAGGAAAGAGACAAGAUCGUUGGGAGGGUAAGGAUGAGAGGAGCGAUAGAUUUGGAGAAAGUAGCAGAGGGGAGAAAUAUGGCAGCAAACGUAAAGUUGCAGAGCCUGAGAGCGGCUCCGAUUCUGAAGGUCAGGGUUACAGGAAGCAGACCAGAAACAGUCAGGAGUUUCGGCAGGCUGAGUACAGGCCAAGGCUGCGGAGUGGGAGCAGAGAAGCGCGGAAAAAGGAUGGAAAUGAGAGGGAGAAACUUAGGAAUACUAAAGAUGAGAGGGAGGGCCCCAGGCGUAACUUGAAUGCUACUGGUAACAGAGAGAGAGAAAGAGGCAGUGAACAUCGUGGAGAAGUAGCGAGGAAAAGAAGUUGGAGCUUUUCGAGUGACGAAGAGAAAGUGGGCGAGAAGAGAGGCGGCAAGGUAAACAAAGAGAAAUCUCAUAAAAGGAGAUAA